CGGGUUACCUAAAGACUAAAAGAGCAAAGACCAAGCCCUCUUCGUUGCGGGCUCUUGUCGACGGCGGCGGCGGUUCUCCCUCAAGCCCUCUGACUCUCUGCCUAUCCUGCCGGUUGGGUGGCUUCCGCAAGGCGGCAACUGCAGUCCGGCCAAGGGAAUCCUAGUUCCAGGUAAUUGACAGUUCAAAAAGACAGUACUGUUAUCCAUAGUUUGAAGGUUCCCCAUCGCUGCAAAGUCUCAAUGCAAUUAAAAGCUAUGAUUUUUCUCCUCGAAUGCGAUCUAAUUGGUUGGAAUUCGAAUGAAUCGAUAAUCUUCAAUGAAUUCAACUAUUCAAGCGUGGUGAUUUGGAAAUUAUUUUUUUAUCACUCAGCUGAAUUACUUGUAGCAAGCUGCUCUCCCAGGUAGUUCAACAGUGCCCUUCUCGGCUUCUCGCUCUCUUCAGUCUGAAAGCUUUGAACUUUGAUGUGAUAACUUGGUUAGGGCUCUUACAAAUUGCGAUUGAAUGCAGUGUGAUUGGAAAGGCAUGUGUGCUUAAUUAUUUUGCCAUUGGAACUGAAUCGAGUUCCUGUGGUUUCCCCUUCAGGGUUUAGGAGAGAGUGCAAAGUGAUAGUAGGGAAGAUGGAGAAGGGAGAGGAUAAGCAUGAAGAAGAGCAGGAUCAGGUGGUGAAUCCAUGGGAGGUAACGGCUAAAGAUGGAGGAAAGAUCGACUAUGAUAAGCUUAUAGACAAAUUUGGUUGCCAAAGGCUUGAAGAGCCAUUAGUGGACCGUGUCCAACGACUAACUGGCAGACCUCCUCAUGUCUUCCUCCGCCGGGGAGUUUUCUUCGCCCAUAGGGAUUUUGAUGAGAUUCUUAAUGCAUAUGAGAAAGGGAAAAAGUUCUACCUCUAUACUGGAAGAGGCCCAUCCUCUGAAGCUUUGCAUCUUGGUCAUCUUGUUCCCUUUAUGUUUACCAAGUAUUUGCAAGAUGCCUUCAAGGUGCCACUUGUUAUUCAACUUACUGAUGAUGAGAAAUGCAUGUGGAAAAACCUCUCAGUUGAGGAGUGCCAGAGACUUGCCCGUGAAAAUGCGAAAGACAUUAUUGCAUGUGGUUUUGACAUCACAAAGACAUUCAUCUUUUCAGACUUUGAUUAUGUUGGCGGAUCCUUUUACAAGAACAUGGUGAGGAUUGCAAAGUGUGUCACAUACAAUAAGGUUGUCGGCAUAUUCGGUUUCAGUGGUGAAGAUCACAUUGGUAAAGUUGGUUUUCCGCCUAUUCAGGCAGCACCAUCGUUUCCUAGUUCAUUCCCACACUUGUUCUCUGGGAAAGAUGAUCUCCGUUGCUUGAUUCCCUGCGCUAUCGAUCAGGAUCCAUAUUUCAGAAUGACCCGAGAUGUUGCACCAAGACUAGGAUAUCAUAAACCUUCUCUUAUUGAGUCGUCUUUUUUCCCAGCCCUGCAGGGUGAAACAGGAAAAAUGUCUGCCAGUGAUCCAAAUUCUGCUAUAUAUGUGACAGAUUCGGCCAAGGUCAUUAAAAAUAAGAUCAAUAAGUACGCAUUCUCUGGUGGACAAGACUCCGUAGAGAAGCACAGAGAACUUGGUGCCAAUCUUGAGGUGGACAUACCAGUGAAGUACCUGAGUUUCUUCUUGGAAGAUGAUGCCGAGCUGGAGCACAUUAAGACAGAAUAUGGCGCUGGACGGAUGUUGACUGGGGAGGUGAAGAAGCGGCUUGCUGAUGUCCUGACAGAAGUGGUAGAUAGACAUCGUGCAGCACGAGCUGCUGUCACAGAAGAAAUGGUGGAUGCUUUCAUGGCAGUGAGACCACUUCCCAAUAUGUUCGACUGAGGAGGGAGGAGGUGAAAAACUCUGCCCUCCCUCCUGAUCAAGUUCUCCCAUCAGAAGGAAUGAGCUUUUUCAUUUCCCUUUUGUUAGAAACCAGAGGAGCUCCAAUUUUUAACCCUUCAAUUACCUUUCCCUAUUCAAAGACUAGAGAGAUUCAAAGCAGGAAGCUUUCUUUAUCAGUUAUGGAACUUUGCACUGCUGAACAUUCAUUACAGUCCUCUCCGUGGAGAAAAGAACCGGUCCAUCCCGAGAGCUGCCUGGUUAUGACUCAAGAACAGGUUGGAAACCAGGCCCACUGAUAUGAAUUUCCCUGUUUUCCGCCAUGCAGAUGGGAAUUUGUGCCUUACAAUCAAACAUCAAAUGAGGUAAAAGAGACGAAUGAAUCUGCGAUAAUUGAGAUUUUUCAUUCGUCAGGAAUUUGCGUUAUUUGGAUGGAUCGAGAGGUCCCUGGUAUAAAGGGUCUUGCUGGAAGGUUAUGUGAUAGAAACCAUUUCUGGGUAGGAAAACGUCACCCGUUCAUCAUCUGUGUAGAAAAAAUGGACCAUAGCCCAAUAGGUGAUCCAUUUCAGGACGUCAUUCCCUCAUUUGUGCUAACUAUCUCCAAUUUCUUUCCCCGUGAAAUAUCUGUCAUUUCUAAAUCCGUUAAGAGGAUGAAGAGGAAGGAGGACAGGUGCCUCCCCCUAGCUAGACAUUCGCCAGGUUUUCAGGUUUCAAUAGUAAACCUGAAGUUCAGCCUGCAAGGACUCCGAGCCAGAAGAUCACGGUUCGAGAGACCGGUUCUGAUAUUCGAAACACAGAAAUUACUAUUUAUCUUUGUAAACAAGAUUUUGGUUAGCGGUAAACCGUCUCUACUCCCUUCACUGGUUACAUAGUCGACUUUUCCUUCCCCUCUGAGACCCUCUUUAGGUAACAUGCCGCGGGGGGAAUACAUUCGGAGUACCAAGUCAACUUCGGCGAUGUCACAUGGUGUACUUCCCCAUUCUCCUCACAGUACCGAAAACCUUCAUAUUGUCCGCUAAUAAUUCGAACUCGAUCUGCUGAUAUUCCAAAAAUCAUAUUCUAACCCCCUAGUCAUAUUGACUAAGUAUUUUGCUUUUUAGUAACAGUUAUAAAUUAAAUCACCUUGGAUAAAAAUAAAAAUAAAUAAAAAAUGACAGACAAACCUAUCUCAACCACCGGUUCAACCAAUCAGUUUACUACCCAAAGUUAGGUUUACCAUUUUAAGUUACUACAAGUUCCAACCUGCUUUUAGGUUGCUAAAAAAGGACGUGUGUAAUGAUGUUGGCUUACCCAUCAUCCACGGAACACGGCAAAAACACUCUUCAACGUUUUCAAUGUAUAUUCGCAUGCCUGAAAUUUGAUUUAAUUUGGACCAUAUAAGUUAUUAAACUACUUAAAAUUAAUGCAUUAUGAUACACAAAAUCAUAUACCAAAUUGUAGCGGGAACAAAAUUAAUCUCCACUUUGAGUUUUUUUUUUCAUUAACGUUUACCGUGUUUUAAAUCAAUCAUUUUGCAAUUGAUGUUUAUGAUGGUAUGAAGUAUUAACUCGAAGCCGUGUUAACUCUUCAAAACAUUCAAUUAUGAUCCUUGAACACCCAAUAAACAUCAAACACAAAAAGAAAAUGAAAUAAUAGAAUGUCG